GCAAAAAGGAGACGUUAACUGAAAUCUUUUUUUUAUAACCCUAUAAUUCUUCCGUGAAAAUUCUUGUGUUGUGAAAUAAUGAACUUUGAAAACAAUGAAUUUAAAAUUAUUUUUAAACCCCCUAUUAAUAUCAACUAGACCAUGCUACUUUAGGCGACCACUGCUUGUUUUGAAUAAGAACUACGUCGUUGGUACCCCCCUCAAGCGUGUCAACUAUUUUUCUACUCGUACUGAUAAAAACAAAUCGUCUGGAUGGGGCCAAUGGGAAGGCGUCUUCAAGAGGUUUGUACCGUUAGGAAUAUGUCUUUUUGCAGUAAUGCAAUGGCGAGCUUACAGGAGCCGAAUAAGAGACGGCGCUGUAGCGAAGCAGUGGGAGAUUAACUGUUACUGUCUGUUGCCGUUGAGGACUGUCAGUAGAGUCUGGGGAUUUUUUGCAGACAAAAAUAUUCCGGAGUUUGCCAGACCACUUGUUUUUCAGACUUACGCCCGAACAUUCGGCGUAGACAUAUCCGAAGCUCAACACGAAGAUUUAAAACAUUACUCUACUUUAACGGAAUUUUUUACUAGACCACUUAAGGAACACGUGAGAAUAAUAGACUCUGACAGUUGCUUGGUUUCGCCGUGCGAUGGAACUGUUCUUAGUGUAGGAUCGGUUGACAAUGGCCAAGUAGAGCAAGUAAAAGGAGUAACGUACUACGUACAAGAUUUUUUAGGAGAAAAACUCGACAAUAGAAAAGGUGUACAACACAUCAAUACAAAGAAAUAUCACGAACAUUUGUUACAUAAACCUCACGAAGGUAACACGCUGUAUCAGUGUGUAAUUUAUUUAGCGCCAGGAGAUUACCACAGAUUUCAUUCUCCUGCCGAUUGGAAACCGACUCACAGGAGACAUUUUUCCGGAGAGCUGCUGUCGGUAAAUCCCAGAAUUGCCAAAUGGUUGCCUGGUUUAUUUGUACUAAACGAACGGGCGGUUUACUUAGGUGAAUGGGCUCAUGGAUUUUUCUCAUAUACUGCAGUAGGUGCCACCAAUGUGGGUUCAAUUAGAGUAAUUUUUGAUAAAACUUUACAAACAAAUCAAAAGCGGAAAACUCACAAAUUUAAAGACGCUUGUUUGGGCAGUGGGAUAACAUUACACAAGGGAGACUUAAUUGGAGAGUUCCGCAUGGGAUCGACAAUCGUAAUCAUUUUCGAAGCUCCCGUGGAUUUCAAGUUUGACAUUGCCCAUGGUCAAAAGGUAAAAAUGGGUCAAAAAUUCGGCUGUGUACCAGAACAGAAGACGCUGCAACAGAACGCAAAGCAUUAGUUGUAAAAAGUAGUAUAUUAGAUUUGUUAUAAGUAUUAUAUGUAUAUAUUAUUUUUGUGAUAUUUUUAAUAAUAUUCGUAAUUAAAAGAAAAAA